CCACCUCAUCUCUACAACGACAUCCCCCAUGCCAUCACAAUGGACUCCGCGAUAACAACUGGACUGGAAGACCUCACUCUGGACCAACCACCCAUUUAUCUACUCAAGACACCUUCGCUCCCCUCGGACAGCUACGAGCAAUAUUUCAGCCAAUGCGGCAGCAGUAGCAGUAGCGGCAGCAGCAGCAGCAGCUACAGACCCAUCUUCGUGCCCGUUCUCGAGCACAUCUUCCGAGAUGACGCCCUCCGGAACCUGAAGCGAUCCGCAGAACGCUUUGCUUUCGCAGGAGGAUCCGAAGCCACAGCACGACAACUGGCCACCAACAAUCCCGCCAAAAGAUAUAGCGGCAUAAUUUUCACUUCGCAGCGAGCAGUAGAUGCCUUCGGGACGGUAGUGGCAAAGCUCGAUCCCGCCAAAAAGGCCGCUCUUUUCGAUCAAGAUAUGCCCAUCUAUGUGGUGGGACCUGCGACGAGGAAAGGCGUGGAAGCGUUGGAGUUGCCGUGUCCUGUACUCGGCGAGGAGACGGGUAAUGGUGAUGCGUUGGCGAAGUUUAUUCUCGAGCAUCAGAAUUCUUUGCCGAGUCAUGUGAUAUCGUUGAAUGGAAGGAAAUUGCCGCUGCUGUUUUUGGUUGGUGAACAGCGGAGAGAUAUCAUUCCCAAGACGCUCCAAUCCGAAGAUUUACCCGAGACGCAGCGUAUUCCCGUCACGGAGCUCGUGGUCUAUGAGACUGGAGAAAUGGCGACGUUUGAGGAGGAUUUCACGGAUUUGUUGAAAGUGGCCCAGGCAGCAAAGGUGAAGAAGCAGUGGGUCGUGGUUUUCAGUCCCCAGGGUUGUGAAGCUAUGCUCAACGCUUUAGGCUGGCUCACAGAGGCGGGCAAGUACAGUUCGGGGAAACGAGACGCCAUGUCAGGUUCUGUCAAGACGAGCAUCGCCACCAUUGGUCCUACCACAAGGGACUUUUUGCGGGAGCAGUUCGGCUUCGAGCCUGAUGUGUGUGCUGCAAAACCUACCCCCGAGGGAGUCGGCGAGGGAAUCGCAAAGUAUGAGAGCGCCUGAAAGGAAUAUAUUAUGCGAAACCCAGUUGAGGUGUAGAGAGAGCCGUCGCGUCGAGAGCGCAGUGCGUGGAUUGUACCAGCGUUCAGAUACCCCAGCGAGAUCUUUUGCUAAUAAUUUAAAAACGUGCCACUGGCCUCGAAUCAGAGCUUUAAAAAAAGUACACGAG